GCCCCCACCACCAGGAAACGCCGCGCCAGACCCGUGAACCGCAACUUCGUCCAUCCUAAUCACCACGAACCAUCUCGACGACCUGUCCUAGCCUCCCUAGGCGUUUCAAUAUCUAGAUUAACGGCCGACCGAAAACUCUAAUCCAAUUAAAUCAACAACAGCCCUUCCUUUGCCAUCGAUCUUCAACCCACAAUCAACAUGUCCAACCGACAACUCGCCCGCGACAUGCAAGUCGAAUUCCAGGCUCGCUUCCAAGCGAAGCAAGCCCGCCGCGAAGCACAAAAGGCCGCGAAGCAGGACCCGCUGCUCAAGAAGCAAAUCCAGGACCUGCUGAAGAAGGGCGAUACGGCCAAGGCCUAUCAAAAGGCCAAGAUGCUACUUUCCAAGCAGGCCCUCGCUCAGCAGAUGGACCAGAUGGCCGACAUGGCAGAGCUUAGCGUCGCCCAGAUCCAGGCCAAUAAUGCCAUGAACCGCAUGACGAACAUGAUGGGCCAGUCCUCGCGUACCAUGACCGCUGCUCAACGCAACAUGAAUCCCGAGCGCACCUUAAUGACGCUCGAGCAAUUCAAGCAGCAGAACGAGGAAUACGCCGUCAACAACGGCAUCUACCAAGACGCCAUCUCGCAGACGACAUCGCAACAAGUCUCCGAGGACUCAGUAUACGAACUCCUCGGCAAGCUUGCCGACGACGCCGGCGUCCAGCUCAACUCCGAACUCAACUCCGCACAACCCAGCCGGGCCGAACCCGCGCUCCCCCAGACCGCAGAGCCGACCGCCGAGGAAGAGGACGCCCUGCAGCAGCGCCUCCGCGCUUUAAGGGCUUAGAAAGCAGCUGACAGCGGAAGCCGGGGCAAGGACGGCGAUGGACAUAGUGGGGAUGACGACGAGCAGGAGGGAGUUCCGCAGGGGGCGGCGUGAGCAUAUGAACGAACAUAUGCGUAGCCAGAUGACGAAAGGAGAGAGCGGUAUUGAUAUCUAUCUGAUUGAGUGCGGGGUGGCAGACUUUGCUUAGCAUCACGACAUAAGGGUCCAGUUCGGCGUUCCGGUUAUGGUGCCUUUUCUCCUUUUAUACGUUGGGAUUCCUAUGCGCUGAAGUCGUAGAAUUUUGGUCCUUGUUUGCUCUUUUGUUGUGCAUCCUUGUUAGUAAAUACUGCUACUAGAGCCUCUCUUCCUGAGCGUGCGUGUUUUUUCGAUGAUAUUACGUAGAUAUUUCCCCCUUCAUUGCGUAACGACUAGUAGACUAUGCUUACUUAGGCUACGUCUUUGAAUAUUUACCAUGGCAGAGG